AUGUUGCCGAACCAAAACCUUUAUGGGCACCACCCAUAUAAUCCUCAUGCUGAACAGGCAUGGAUGCAGCCAACUCAUCAGGCUCAGCACCAGGCUCAGCACCAGGCUCAACAAGCCGCUGCUGUUGCCGCCGCUCAGCAGCAACACUAUAAUCACAUUACGAGAUCCCACAAUAAUGUCUCGUCAUCUAUCAACAACUCUGUGCCUAGUCACGUCCAGGACAAUGGGCUAGAGAAUGUCUCCGAGGAUAAUCGCCGAACAUUAACUUUCGUUGCCGAUCUUCUCAACGAGAGCACGCGCGAGGCCGCCCUCCUGGAAUUGAGUAAGAAGCGCGAACAGGUGCCGGAGUUAGCGCUCAUUCUGUGGCAUUCAUUCGGCGUUAUGACUUCUCUAAUGCAAGAGAUCAUCUCGGUCUAUAAUCUUCUUAACCCUUCCCAACUCACUGCCGCUGCCUCGAACCGAGUUUGCAAUGCGCUUGCACUUCUCCAGUGCGUAGCAUCGCAUAAUGACACAAGAACGCUUUUCUUGAAUGCUCACAUCCCCCUAUUCCUAUAUCCCUUCUUGAACACCACCUCCAAAUCGCGACCCUUCGAGUACCUGCGUCUUACAUCUCUUGGUGUUAUUGGUGCAUUGGUGAAGAAUGACUCGAGUGAGGUGAUUAACUUUCUCCUCACUACCGAAAUCAUCCCUCUUUGCCUACGGAUCAUGGAGACUGGAUCGGAAUUGAGCAAGACGGUCGCUAUAUUCAUUGUUCAGAAGAUACUGCUAGACGACAAUGGCCUUAAUUACAUAUGCGCCACAUACGAACGAUUCUACGCUGUUGGAACAGUUUUGAGCAACAUGGUCGCCCAACUGGUCGAGCAGCAGACCGCCCGUCUCUUGAAGCAUGUCGUCCGCUGUUUCUUACGCCUAAGUGAUAACGCCCGCGCUAGAGAAGCUCUGCGUCAAUGCCUGCCAGAGCCUCUUCGCGAUGCUACCUUUAGCUCGGUACUUCGCGACGACGCAGCGACUAAACGUUGCCUUGCUCAGCUGCUUAUUAAUCUGUCUGAUAAUGUCGUGGAGACCAACAGCGGCCACGGCCUAUGA